AUUAAAGAAAUGCGGUGGAAGAGAGAGAAAUCUGAACCGGCGCCAUGAUCGAAUCCGUCUGGACGUUGGAUAAACAGGUGAGACCUGAUUUUGACAGUCGGGUUCUUCACGUUCUGUAAAUCAAAGGAGAAGAUCCAUGUUUUUCGCCUUCCAAUUCAAGAAUCCAAGUAGGUCAAUAUAUUUCGUCUUCAUUUGGUCAAAUUUUCUUCAUCUUCUCCACUGUUUCGCUUAGUUAAUCCAUACGCUUCAUCGCCAUUUCACUGUGAUAUCAAAGUUCUUGAGCUGUUAAAAAAGGCUAUUACGUGACCAAUACCCCACAUGAAGCUGCUGAUACCUUUCCUCAUAAUGUGGUUUCUUCCCCCACGUUGGAUUUUAGAGCGUUCAAUUCAUUACAAAUCAGCCUCUCACUCUCUCUUCUUAUUCUCUGCUACAUUGAUGGAAUGAUCAUCGAUUGAACGUUUUGUUGGCUUCGAAAUGAGGUUUUGCUAGGAGCUUCUGUGAUUUUUGUUUUUUGUUUUUGUUUUUCUCGUCUUGGAGAUUUGGAUUCGUUUGUUUUGCUUUAGAUCGUUUAGGGGAUGGCUCCUAGAUUGGGGUUUCUGUGUCGGUGGGGAAAAGAGAAAGAUCCUCAAAAAGGAACUCCGGUUGUUGUGACGAUGGAGAAGCCUAACUUCUCCGUCGUGGAGAUCGACGGUCCCGACGCCGCAUUCCGGCCGGUGGAGAAAAGUAGAGGCAAAAAUACCAAGCAGGUCACGUGGAUUCUUCUUCUAAAGGCCAAUCGAGCCGUCGGUUGCAUAGCUUGGCUUGUUACAGUUCUCUGGACAUUGUUGGGAACAAUCAAGAAGAGGCUGAUCUACCGGCAAGGAAUCGCCAUUGAAGGCGGGAAGCUGGGAAGAGGGAGGUUACUGUUUGGAGUUAUUAGAGUUUUCUUAGUAACUUCCAUUGGGAUUCUUGCUUUUGAAAUGCUUGCUUAUUUCAAAGGCUGGCAUUAUUUUCAGCAUUCUAAUCUGCAUAUUCCUCAGGCUUCUGAGUUGCAAGGAUUGCUUCAUUCACUCUAUGUUGCUUGGUUAACUUGUAGAGCAGAGUACAUUGCUCCUCUCAUUCAAACACUCUCUAAAUUUUGCAUCGUUCUGUUCCUUAUCCAAUCGGUGGAUCGUAUGAUCCUUUGUUUUGGUUGCCUAUGGAUAAAGUACAAGAGAAUUGAACCCAAGAUUGAAGGGGAUCCCUUCAGGUCGGAUGAUGUGGAGGGAGGUGGAUACAAGUAUCCAAUGGUUCUUGUUCAAAUUCCCAUGUGCAACGAACGGGAGGUUUACGAGCAGUCUAUCUCUGCAGUCUGUCAGAUUGAUUGGCCAAGGGACCAUUUACUCAUUCAAGUUCUUGAUGAUUCUGAUGAUGAGAGCAUCCAACUGUUAAUUAAGGCUGAGGUUGCUAAAUGGAGCCAUAAGGGGGUGAACAUAGUCUAUCGCCAUCGAUUAGUAAGAACGGGAUAUAAAGCUGGGAAUUUGAAAUCUGCAAUGAGUUGUGAUUAUGUUAGAGACUAUGAGUUUGUUGCAAUUUUCGACGCCGACUUUCAACCUAACCCGGAUUUUCUUAAGCUGACCGUCCCCCAUUUCAAGGAUAACCCAGAGCUAGGUUUGGUCCAGGCCAGAUGGUCGUUUGUGAACCGGGACGAAAACUUGUUGACACGCCUUCAAAACAUUAACUUGUGUUUCCACUUUGAGGUAGAACAGCAGGUCAAUGGGGUGUUCCUUAAUUUCUUUGGUUUCAAUGGCACAGCUGGUGUUUGGAGGAUUAAGGCGCUCGAGGAGUCCGGAGGGUGGCUUGAAAGAACGACAGUAGAGGAUAUGGACAUAGCUGUGAGAGCCCAUCUUAACGGCUGGAAAUUCGUAUUUCUAAACGACGUUAAGGUCCUUUGUGAAGUUCCUGAGUCCUAUGAAGCUUAUAGGAAGCAGCAACAUCGUUGGCAUUCUGGUCCUAUGCAACUAUUCAGGUUGUCCCUUCCAGCAGUCAUAAGUUCUAAGAUAUCAGCAUGGAAGAAGGCAAAUUUGAUACUAUUGUUCUUUCUAUUAAGGAAGCUUAUCCUUCCAUUCUAUUCCUUCACGUUGUUCUGCAUAAUUCUUCCUCUAACCAUGUUCGUACCAGAAGCCGAGCUUCCUGUAUGGGUGAUCUGUUACGUGCCCGUCUUCAUGUCGUUACUCAACAUUCUUCCAUCCCCCAAAUCAUUUCCUUUUAUUGUCCCCUACCUUCUUUUUGAAAACACCAUGUCCGUAACCAAAUUCAAUGCCAUGGUGUCUGGCUUAUUCCAGUUAGGUAGCUCUUAUGAGUGGAUUGUGACUAAAAAGGCUGGCAGAUCCUCCGAAUCCGACUUACUGGCUGCUGCCGAAAGGGACUCUAAGAUAACGAAUCAAGCGCAGAUAUAUAGAGGCGCUUCUGAGAGCGAGAUUUCUGAGUUGACCCACUUAAAAGAACGCAAAGAAGUCGUCUCUGCACCUGUCAAAAAAGUAAACAAGUUAUAUCGAAAAGAGCUAGCGCUCGCGUUUCUUUUACUCUUAGCCUCACUCAGGAGUCUCUUGGCUGCACAAGGAGUCCACUUCUACUUCUUGAUGUUCCAAGGUGUGACCUUCCUCCUUGUAGGUCUUGAUCUAAUUGGAGAGCAAAUGAGCUGACUUUUCACACAAAUGAAUCCAAGAUCAAGGUGGAUAAACAGACGGAAGGAAUUUAAUCCUUGGGAAUCAAAGAUGCUGAACCCGACCGACCUCAAAUUGAACAAAACAGUCGAUAUCGGAGUCUUCUUUCUUUUGGACCACCUUUCAUCAUACUCACUAGUCACCUCCUUCAUUCUUCCCUUACAUACUCUCAUACAGCAUCUGUGAUUGUUAUCAUUCAUAAGCCUUUUCAGCAGUUUUUUAAGUGUUUAUUAUGCAAAUAAGUUAUCCUUUAGUAUCCCAGUCACCAUUAAUUCUUUCUUGGGUGUAGUUACGGAAUUUCCAAUACCCCGUCGUCCACAGGAACCGAACCGAACCAAACUAUCCAGUUUGAAUCAAGCUGCCUUUGUUGUUGUAGCCUCCUGAUUUUGAGGACAUGUAAGACAACAAAGUUCACUGUAAAUGUACUGUUUCAUCCAAUUUAUCAAUAUAUAUCAUAUUUUUCUCUUCUA